CUGGCUGAAAAUUCCAGGUACCCUUUGUCGGAGGAAGAAUUUCCCAAGGACCAAGUAGUAGGCAUCGCAGGUCGAUCUUCCAUUUCCUGCUACGAUAUUGUGGCCACCUACAAGGGUGUCAGCGCCCACGCGGCUGCUAAUCCGUAGGAAGGUAGAAAUGCCCUCGACGCGCUGGUCAUGGCAUAUAACGGUAUCUCGAUGUUACGCCAGCAGAUAAGAACGGACGAGCGAAUUCAUGGAGCCAUAAUUCAGGCACCUACAGCAACAAACUCUAUCCCCGAGCUUACCUGCACCAAAUAUACGAUCCGCAGCCGAACAAUCGAAAGAACACGAGCACUUGGGGCCCGCGUCAAAAAAUGCCUGGAAGCAGGUGCUUUGGCUACUGAGUGUUCUGUGGAUAUAGAAGAAACUCAAAUCUAUGCCGAUUUGGUAGUGAAUCCACCUUUAUGUGGAUGCUUUCAGGAGUGUAUGAGCGAUCUGGGAGAAACAAUUCUGUCCCACGAUGAGCUUCUCAUGGCCGGCUCCACCGACCAGGGCAAUGUGUCUCUGAUAGUUCCUGCCCUGCACGGACUUAUCGGGAUCCCGGUUAGCGAUGGAGCUAAGAAUCAGACGCGGCAGUUUACGGCGGCAGCUGCAACAGACGAGGCCCAUCGAAGGAUGAUUAUCGCUGGGAAGGCAAUGGCAAUGAGCGGAUGGCGUUUACUAGUGGAUGACGACUUUUUCGGAAUGACAAGCGUCGCGUUUGCCGAGAUGAAGAAUACAGCAUAG